AUGUCCGAGGACUGGAAGCCGUACACCCUACCGCGGGAUCACACCGAAAGCAACCGCCUAGAUGCCGAACAUCGUGGCUACAAGGUCAAUGUCGGCUAUCUACUUCAUCCGCGAAUUCGUGAAGCACUGCCUACAAACGCUCAUCAAUUUCCGAAGGAGCGUGACGGCAAGGUAGAGUACGGCCUACUGAAUGUUCUUAAAGAUGUCCCAGAGCACCACAAGGCCAAGUUUGAUGUUUUCCAUCUACGGCUUCUAAUAUGUGGCUUGAAAACCCGAGACUGGCAGAAAGCCGCCCGCCAUGUCCUUGAUCUGCUGAAGCCAGGAGGCUGGAUACAAUGGCAAGACAGCAACUUCCCGAAUCUAAAAUGUUACAACAACAAGCCAGGCGCUUCCCGAAAAGCGUGUUCUGGUCUUUUGUCUCCCGUUCUGAAAGCCUUAAGCGCACAGGACAAGUUCAUGCCACACUCUAUCACUGGGCUAAUGUCGCUGGUGCAGAACGCUGGCUUCGAAGACUGCGACGAAGAUGUCAGUUCGUCAGACCGAGUUGCGGAGACUAGAGCUACGAACAACGUAUAUCAGCAGGACGCUGUUACGACACUAGGAAAAGUGCUUGCUCAACAGGGAGCGAUGCCGGGCUGGACCAAGGAGCAAGUCGAUGCAGUGACGGCGCGAUGCAUUGAAGAGCUGAGGGAUGCUAAAGUUUACUGGCGAUGGGACUUCCAUAUUGUGACAGGCAAGAAGGGGCCCUAAACGAUCUCUUUGCGACCUGGCCACGCGCAUAUGUUGGCCGUACCUGACUAAGUCAUAGUUAGUAUAUGCCAAAGGUACAAACAUCAACGGUCCGCCCUGCUCUGGCUUUUUGAUCGGUGUAGUCGCCGGACGCAAGGACUGCUGUACAUCUGUCCAGAAAGCGUG